UUGCAGGUGUAAUCAAACUGUGCUGACUUUUAUCUGUUUUUAUACGUGAAAAGAAGAAGUUUGUGGAUGAUAUUUUAUCAGCAGCAAAACAUUUUCGUUUUUGUUGCUCGUUGGAAGGAAAUAUUUUACCUGAUGACUAAACGUGUGGCUCAUGGGAAAUUUCAUUUGGAAAAAGUGAAUUUUUUUGUUGUUGUUUUUGUUUGUUUUACCACAUGACCAGUUUUCUGAAGAUGUUGCUCUGUUUUGAUUUUGUGCCUUUUUUACCACCAAGCCAAGGAUAUUUUGCAUUGGUCUCAUAUAUUUUGGGAUGUCUUUGUGGAUCUUUUUGUUGAAACAUAAAUAACAACAAUGCUCAGGAGAUCUGUUGUCACUGAUUUACAAAAUAAUAUCAACCAAUCCUCACAUCGCAACAGGAAAGACGCCUUCAUGUUUUAGUCUUUUACUGUCCCAUUUACACUCAGAAUGGUGCACAGAUCUUAACUAGACGUGGUAACCAUGACAAUGAAAAUGAACAGAAGGGGAUCUGACUGGUCACUGGAGGGCUGGGAUCCAGAUGUACGCCGUCUCAGCUACAGAUACAACACCCUCAUCCAGGGCGACUAUGUCUGGUUGGACUUGAAGAGCGGUCGGGAGUUUGAGGUGCCCAUCGGCGCAGUGGUCAAACUCUGUGACUCAGGACAGAUCCAGGUGGUGGAUGAUGAAGGAAAUGAACACUGGAUCUCCCCCCAGAAUUCCACCAACAUCAAGCCAAUGCAUCCCACCUCCAUCCAUGGAGUGGAGGACAUGAUCCGCCUGGGAGACCUCAACGAAGCUGGCAUCCUACGAAACCUGCUCAUCAGAUACAGAGAAAAACUCAUAUAUACAUACACUGGCUCUAUCCUUGUGGCUGUUAACCCUUACCAACUGCUGCCCAUCUACACGGCCGACCAGAUCCGCCUCUACACCAACAAGAAGAUUGGUGAAAUGCCACCCCACAUCUUUGCUAUUGCUGACAACUGUUACUUCAACAUGCAGAGAAACAAUCGUGACCAGUGCUGUAUCAUCAGUGGUGAGUCCGGAGCAGGGAAGACAGAGAGCACCAAACUGAUCCUUCAGUUCCUGGCAGCAAUAAGCGGUCAACACUCCUGGAUAGAACAGCAGGUCCUGGAGGCCAACCCUAUACUAGAAGCCUUUGGCAAUGCUAAAACAAUCCGCAAUGACAACUCAUCUCGUUUUGGGAAAUACAUUGACAUCCAUUUCAACAAGAGAGGAGCCAUAGAGGGAGCCAAGAUAGAGCAAUACCUGCUGGAGAAAUCCAGAGUCUGUCGACAGGCCCAUGAUGAGAGGAACUAUCACAUCUUCUAUUGCAUGCUAAAGGGCAUGACUGCAGAGGAGAAGAAGAAACUCGGGCUGAGCAAGGCCACUGACUACACCUACCUGACCAUAGGUAAAUGUACGGUAUGUGAUGGCCGAGACGACAUGAAAGAGUACUCCAACAUUCGCUCUGCAAUGAAGGUACUAAUGUUCACAGACAAAGAAAACUGGGAGAUUUCUAAACUGCUGGCUGCUAUAUUACACAUGGGAAACCUCCGAUAUGAAGCUCGUACCUACGACAACCUGGAUGCCUGCGAAGUUGUCCGUAGCCCUCACCUCACCACUGCAGCUACGCUACUGGAGGUAGAUGGUAAGGAUCUGAUGAACUGUCUGACCAGCAGAACUCUGAUCACCAGAGGAGAGACCGUCUCUACCCCACUCAGUAUGGAACAAGCUCUGGAUGUGCGGGACGCUUUCGUUAAGGGAAUUUACGGCCGUUUGUUUGUGUGGAUUGUGGAGAAGAUCAAUGCGGCCAUUUACAAGCCUACGUCCUCAUCAAAUACCAAAGCGCUGAGACGCUCCAUCGGACUGCUGGACAUCUUCGGCUUUGAGAACUUCACUGUCAACAGCUUUGAGCAGCUAUGCAUCAACUUUGCCAACGAGAACCUGCAGCAGUUCUUCGUCCGUCACGUCUUCAAGCUGGAGCAGGAGGAGUACAACCUGGAGCACAUCAACUGGCAGCACAUAGAGUUCACUGACAACCAGGACGCUCUGGACAUGAUCGCCAUCAAACCCAUGAACAUCAUCUCACUUAUUGACGAGGAGAGCAAGUUCCCCAAGGGCACAGACACCACGAUGCUGAACAAGCUGAACUUUCAGCACAAGCUCAACACAAACUACAUUCCUCCAAAGAACAACCACGAGACUCAGUUUGGCAUCCAGCACUUCGCUGGAGUGGUUUACUACGAAACACGAGGCUUCCUGGAGAAGAACAGAGAUACUCUAUACGGUGACAUCAUCCAGCUGGUUCACUCGUCCAAGAACAAGUUCAUCAAACAGAUCUUCCAGGCUGAUGUUGCUAUGGGGGCAGAGACCAGGAAGCGUUCGCCCACUCUGAGCAGUCAGUUUAAAAGAUCUCUGGAGCUGCUGAUGAGAACUCUGAGCGUCUGUCAACCUUUCUUUGUUCGCUGCAUUAAACCCAACGAAUACAAGAAACCCAUGUUGUUUGACAGGGAGCUGUGUGUGCGUCAGCUGAGGUACUCGGGCAUGAUGGAGACCAUUCGUAUCCGUCGUGCAGGAUAUCCUAUCCGCUACACCUUUGUGGAGUUUGUCGACCGCUACCGGGUGCUCAUGCCUGGAGUCAAACCAGCGUACAAACAGGAGGACCUGAGGGGGACCUGUCAGAGGAUCGCUGAGGCGGUGCUUGGCAGAGAUGAUGACUGGCAAAUGGGAAAGACCAAGAUCUUCCUCAAGGAUCACCAUGACAUGCUGCUGGAGAUUGAAAGAGACAAGGCCAUCACAGACAAGGUCAUCCUCAUCCAGAAGGUGGUUCGUGGUUUCAAGGACAGAUCGAAUUUCCUGAAGAUGAGGAAGUCUGCUGUGUUGAUCCAGAAGACAUGGAGAGGUUAUCACUGUAGGAAGAACUAUGGAGCGAUGCGAGCAGGCUUCUCUCGCCUCCAGGCUCUGGUUCGUUCCAGGAAGUUGUGUGCCUCAUAUCACGUGGCCCGACAGCGAAUCACAGGCUUCCAGGGUCGCUGUCGGGGCUUCUUGGUGCGCCGGGCGUUCAGACACCGGCUGUGGGCCGUCAUCACUAUCCAGGCCUACACCAGAGGCAUGAUCGCUCGCCGGCUGUACAAAAGGCUGAAGGGAGAGUACCGCAGGAGGCUGGAGGCAGAGAAGAUGCGUCUGGCUGAAGAGACCAAACUAAGGAAUCAGAUGUCUGCGAAAAGGGCGAAGGCCGAAGCUGAGCGCAAACACCAGGAGCGUCUGGCCCAGCUGGCCAAAGAGGACGCCGAGCGGGAGAAGAAGGAGAAGGAGGAAGCUCGGAAGAAGAAGGAGAUGGUGGAGCAAAUGGAGAAGGCCCGUUUGGAGCCCGUCAAUGACUCUGACAUGGUGGACAAGAUGUUCGGCUUCCUGGGGACAACGGCCUCCUUUCCAGGACAGGAGGGACAAGCUCCCGCCGGCUUUGAGGACCUGGAGCGGACCCAUCAGGAGCUGGAGGAGGAGGAUCUUGACGAGGCUCUUCCUCUGCCUGAAGACGACGAAGAGGAGGAUUUAUCAGAGUACAAGUUCGCCAAGUUUGCGGCCACCUACUUCCAGGGCACCACUACGCACACUUACGUCCGACGGCCUCUCAAACAGCCUCUGCUGUUCCAUGACGACGAGGGAGACCAGCUGGCUGCUCUGGCGGUGUGGAUCACAGUGCUGAGGUUCAUGGGAGAUCUGCCAGAGCCCAAGUACCACACGGCCAUCAGCGAUGGAAGUGAGAAGAUCCCUGUCAUGACCAAAAUCUAUGAGACACUGGGAAAGAAGACCUACAAGAGAGAACUGCAGGCGCUGCAGGGGGAGGGGGAGAUGCCUCACACCGACAGCCACAAGAAGAACAGCGUGCGACACAAGCUGGUGUCCCUCACUCUAAAGAAGAAAUCCAAGAUCACUGAGGAGGUCACCAAGCGCCUUAAUGAUGGUGAAUAUGGUCUCCAUGGCAACAGCAUGCUAGAGGACCGACCAACAUCCAACCUGGAGAAACUUCACUUCAUCAUUGGCAAUGGGAUCCUGAGACCAGCACUGAGGGAUGAGAUCUACUGUCAGAUCUGUAAGCAGCUGACUCAGAACCCCUCUAAGAGUUCUCAUGCUCGCGGCUGGAUCCUCAUCUCUCUGUGCGUCGGCUGCUUCGCUCCUUCAGACAAGUUUGUCAAGUACCUGAGGAACUUCAUCAGCAGCGGGCCACCGGGUUAUGCUCCGUAUUGUGAAGAGAGACUGAGACGAACAUUUGCCAAUGGGACAAGAACACAACCGCCAUCCUGGUUGGAGCUGCAGGCCACCAAGUCGAAGAAGCCCAUCAUGCUGCCGGUGACGUUCAUGGAUGGCACGACCAAAACACUGCUGACAGACUCGGCCACCACAGCCAAGGAGCUCUGUAGUGCCUUGUCCGACAAAAUCAACCUGCGGGACCGCUUUGGGUUCUCGCUAUACAUCGCGCUAUUUGACAAGGUCUCCUCUUUAGGUAGUGGGAACGACCAUGUUAUGGACGCCGUGUCACAGUGUGAGCAGUACGCGAAGGAGCAGGGAGCCCAAGAGAGGAACGCCCCCUGGAGGUUGUUUUUCAGGAAGGAGAUCUUCACGCCCUGGCACUCCCCUGCUGACGACCAGGUCGCCACCAACCUCAUCUACCAACAAACUGUCAGGGGUGUCAAGUUUGGAGAGUACCGCUGUGACAGGGAUGACCUGGCAGAACUGGCCUCUCAGCAGUAUUACGUCGACUACGGUUCAGAGAUCCUUCUGGAGCGCCUGCUGAGUCUUAUCCCCUCCUACAUCCCUGACAGAGAGAUCAGCACCUCAAGAACGGUGGAGAAAUGGGCUCAUUUUAUCAUGGCUGCACACAAAAAGGGCAUCUACACCCAGAAGAGGUUUGACCCUCAGAAGGUGAAGGAGGAAGUAGUGGACUUCUCUCGCCACAAGUGGCCUCUGCUCUUCUCUCGUUUCUACGAAGCCUUCAAGUUCUCAGGUCCCAGUCUGCCUAAAAAUGACCUGAUAGUUGCAGUCAACUGGACCGGGGUUUAUUUUGUGGAUGAGCAGGAGCAGGUCCUUCUAGAGCUCUCCUUCCCAGAAAUCACUGCCGUUUCCAGCAGCAGGGGAGGAAAGUUGCAGAGUCAGAGUUUCACUUUAGCGACAAUCAAAGGAGACGAGUACACUUUCACCUCCAACAAUGCAGAGGACAUCCGGGACCUAGUGGUGACCUUCCUGGAGGGCCUGAGGAAGAGGUCAAAGUUUGUGGUCGCGCUGCAGGACAACCCCAACCCCACUGGGGAGGAGUCCACAUUCCUGAGCUUCAUGAAGGGAGACCUGAUCCUGUUGGACCAGGACACCGGCGAGCAGGUCCUCAACUCUGGUUGGGCCCAUGGUGUCAAUGAACGAACCAGUCAGAGAGGGGAUUUCCCAGCUGACUGUGUCUAUGUCCUGCCCACCAUGACCCGACCUCAGCAAGAAAUAGUGGCGCUGGUAACCAUGACACCAGACCAGCGACAGGAGUCGGUUCGUGUUUCGCAGCUUGUUAUGCCGGAGAGUGACGGCAGGAUAAAACCCUACACACUGGAAGAGUUUUCCUACGACUACUUCAGGCCUCCUCCCAAACACACCCUGAGCAGGGUGAUGGUCACUAAGAAUCGUGGGAAGGACAAGAUGUGGAGCUGCACCAGAGAGCCUCUGAAGCAGCCACUGCUGAAGAAGGUCGUAAACCACGAGGAACUGGCUCAGGAGGCCUGCAUGUCCUUCAUAGCUAUGAUGAAGUACAUGGGCGACUACCCGUCCAAACGGACGCGCUCCGUCAACGAGCUGACUGACCAAAUCUUUGAAGGAGCGCUGAAGGCCGAACCUCUGAAAGAUGAGAUCUACUGUCAGAUCAUCAAACAGCUCACUGACAACCACGUCAAGUACAGUGAGGAGAAAGGCUGGGAGCUGCUGUGGUUGUGUACUGGUUUAUAUCCUCCCAGUAAUGUGCUGCUGCCACACAUCCAGCGCUUCCUCCAGUCCAAGAAACACCACCCGCUCGCUGGAGACUGUAUGCAGAGGCUGCACAAAGCUCUACGUAACGGAUCCAGGAAGUACCCCCCUCAUCUGGUGGAAGUGGAGGCAAUCCAACAUAAGACAACCCAGAUCUUCCAUAAAGUUUACUUCCCUGAUGAUACAGAUGAGGCAUUUGAGGUGGAGUCCAGCACCAAAGCAAAGGACUUCUGCCAGAACAUCUCAACCAGACUGCUGCUCAAAUCUCCCGAAGGCUUCAGUCUCUUCGUCAAGAUCUCAGACAAGGUGAUUAGUGUGCCAGAGGGAGAUUUCUUCUUUGACUUUGUCAGACAUUUGACAGACUGGAUCAAGAAAUCACGACCAGCUAAAGACGGAAUCGUUCCCUCUCUGACCUACCAGGUGUUCUUCAUGAAGAAGUUGUGGACCAACACAGUUCCAGGGAAGGACUCCUUUGCUGACUCCAUCUUUCACUACUAUCAGGAGCUGCCUAAAUACUUGCGUGGCUACCAUAAGUGUUCACGAGAAGAGGUUUUCCAACUUGCAGCACUGAUCUACCGCGUCAAGUUUGAGGAUGACAAGUCCCACUUUCCUACAAUUCCCAAGAUGCUUCGGGAGCUGGUUCCCCAGGAUCUCAUUCGUCAGAUGUCACCAGACGACUGGAAAAGGUCUGUGGUUGCAUACUUCAACAAGCAGGCUGGUAAAUCGAGGGAAGAGGCCAAACUAAUGUUUCUAAAAAUCAUCUACAAGUGGCCAACCUUUGGAUCUGCCUUCUUUGAGGUCAAGCAAACCACAGAGCCCAACUUCCCAGAGAUCCUGCUGAUCGCCAUCAACAAGCAUGGAGUCAGUCUCAUUGACCCAAAGACAAAGGACAUCCUGAUCACUCACCCCUUCACCAAGAUCUCCAACUGGAGCAGUGGGAACACCUAUUUCCACAUUACCAUUGGCAACCUGGUCAGAGGAAGCAAACUGUUGUGUGAGACCUCACUGGGCUACAAGAUGGACGACCUGCUGACCUCUUACAUCAGCCAGAUGCUGACCACCAUGAACAAGCAGCGCUCCGGGCGGGGCCAAAGCAAGUGAACUUCUUACUGGCAGGAGGCCGCUGAGCUCAUCCGGCUCUUGCGCCCUAUUGGCCAGUACUGCAGCUGGCGGCGGACCUUUGCCCACCAGCUGUGGAGGAUGAGCCGCAGUCCUUCUGCUAGCUCGGAGGGGUCAAAGCUCACCGGGGAGAGUUCGGCUGCCAGCAGCAGCGACCCCGGCGAAGGCCCCAGCAACUAUUACCACUACAACUACAAUGAAGAUGAAGACGAACUGUCCAGUGAAGAUGACUACCUCUAAAACUUCCAAACUCUCCGUCACACAGGUCAGUCUUCCUGGUUCCUGAUUCAACAGUCAAACCUGCUUGUACAGAAACAGUGUUCAGCCUGUGCUGCUAUCAUGUUGACCUUGUUUGGCUGAUUCAGAUCAAAAUGAGGACACUCAGUUUAAGUUGGAAGACUUAAAAAAAUCUAUAAACUAACUUUUUUUGAGGGUUGUUAUGGGACAUCAUACAUCUUUAAACUACAAGUCAGACUGGUGGACUACAGUAGCUGUGAAGCACAUUGACACUGACACAAUUGUUGAGCUCAGCAAAAAAUUAAAUUACUGUUUUAAUUGGUUAAUCAAACCAUCCAUUUUAUGCCUUUUACUAAUGUAUAACAGUUCUAGGAAUUAUUGGUGUAUACAGAGGGGAAGUACGGACAAAAUUUAACACUUAAUACUUAAUAAUAAUAAUUGUAGGCUUUAUUAUCUGCUGGUUUUCUGUCUCUUUGGACUAGUGUGAUUGAUUUAAUUCUAUGUGCUAUUUAAAAAACCUUCAUAAUUUACAAAACUUUAAUUUUGUUAACACUGCAGAAACCCUGGUUAAUCUCCGAGAGAUAAUUACACACUAACGUUAGCAUUCAGCUCACAGCUAGGAUGUCGAGGUAGAGCUGACUCUUAACUCUGACAGUAACAACAUGACCCUCCCUGUGGCUCCAUUCUCAGGCUCAACACAUUUUUGUGUCACUAGUGACAAGGAUCUAAAAAUGUCCAUGUUUUUCUCCAUCCAACAAUUUUCGCGUGUGUUUUUGUAAUAAACAUUAGAUCAUCACAGGAGCUCAAGUGAAACUAUAGACAUGAAGUCUUGUUCCUAUCUUGCCUUGUGCAUCUUGAAAUACUGACAAAGUUGUUGAGUUAACGUUCCUUCUCAGAUACAGUAUUGGCUGUGAUUUUCUUGCACAAAACAAAGUCAGAAACAUUUAUAUUUUCUGUUCUUUCAUCACUUUGAAUAACUUGGUUUGGGUUUAGAAAACCAAACAAGACCUAUGGCUUUGGAACCAAACAGAGUAACUGAAGUGGCAUUGAGGGACCUGAUCUCAUUUAUUUAAAACUGUGUGACACACUAGAAACAGACCUGUAAUGCGUUUUGGCUCCCAGUCCAUAUGUCUGCUAUUUAUGGCCUAUACUGUGUGUAACAGUUUAAUAUGAAGUCUUUGUUUUUUAAUACUUAAUUCAUGGUUUAUGUUUAUACCUUUUUUGUUUAAUGUUGUGGAUUAUUAUCAACUGCUUGUGUUUAGUUUUAUAUUUCAUGCCUUAAUGGUUUCUGUGUUUCUUGUGACCGCAUUAGCCAGCAUUCCUGUGGGUUGCAGCUGCUGUUUUUAUGGGGAUUUUGUAACAUUCCUGUGGUUAUCAAAAUAAUCUUAACUUAAGGUCGACCUACUAGCUUUUCCAGGGUUUUUAGUGCAGAGGAAGUUUGCAAAUUUGUCAUGAAAGUGACACUAAUGUAGAAAUUUGGUCAUGUCGUAAGAGGUGGUUGUUGAUUAUGGAAGCCAUUCACAUCGACACCAACACUAUGCUGGGAUUAAAAUCAUGAGAUGCAGUCAAUAAACACUAAGUCGACUGCUCACUUAGACUGUUUUAUCAAACUUUUAUCAUGCAUAACAGCCCUGUACUUAGAAAUGUCAUUUGUUUUAUUAAAUACUAAAGUGUACAUUUAUAACUUUCAUGUCUAGAUUUUCCAGCUUUGUGUUAAAAGUACAUAUUUUCAGCACAGCUGCCUAAAGUUUACCACUUUACUAAGAGAAUAGCAUACUAAAGUUUUAGCAAAUCGUUAAAAUAAAAAUUAUUCACCGAUCUCCAACUGGCAUUUCAGUGGUAUGAAAAAAUCAAAGUAACUUGGAAUGAAUGGAAAUACUAAAAGAACACAUACCUCCACACCAAGGCUGAGCUGUAAUCAGAUUCAUCUGGAUCUGGACCUGUAUCAAAAUACACAGUGAUGAAUAAUUAAGACAUCAUAUCAAACACUGCAGUCAUUCAACAGAACUGUUAAGAGACCCUGAAAAAUACUUCAUGGAUCCUGGGUCAAUGCGAGAGAAGCUGCUCAUGGUGACAUGUUAUUUUCUCUGACAGGGUCUGCACCAUUACAACGUUUUGUCAGCAGACAAUUACGUGGUUGCUGCAAUUUUCCUUGCCCUUGCUGUUUCGUGUAGUAGUCCGGUUAAGCAAAUUAAAUGUGUUAUGAGUUUGUCACACCACAAGAAAAUGUGUCACUAACCACCAGUAAUUAACGUUGGCACAAAGCACACACCCACAACAGUGAGCAGUAACUGCCGGUGGGCUGGGUAGCCAGUUUGGACUGAGAGAUUGAAAAGUACAUUUGUGAUGAAUAUUUUGCUUGUUUAUAUGAUUGUGGCUACAGUUGUUUAGUCUUGUAUUUAUUAGACUGAAGGAGCUCACAGAGCUUGUGGAACGUAGCGAAGUCACUGCUUACACACAGCAUGCGAAUGAAAUUACUCUGAUACUAUGCGCUUUAAAAUUAGUUUUUUAAAUAGGGGGGGUAGCUCCAGUGCGUCAUUUAACCACGAGUUCAGGCCUGCCCAAAAAAUCCUGGCCUCAGAAACAGUUUAAAAAAAAAAUGCUCUAACUCCACAGUUCCCACUCUUUUUACAUUUUUAACAUGUAUAAUCGUGUUAAGAAAGAAAUUUUACAUGGUGCAGCGGCGUAAUGAAAAGGAACAGAUCAACUCUUCACCUUUAGAUGCCUGCUGUUGGCUAAUUCAGUGCUUGAGGGAGGGAAUUUUGGGUAAACAUGAUUAUAGUCUUUAAUGACACUUUGAAGUCACCACAAUCAGCACUGAAGAAACACACUUUGGCUUAAAACAAUUUAUUAAAAGUGACUUUUAGCUCCGCUUUCCAAAACCUGCUUUUUACUGGGGAUGUUUUUACUUUAAGUCAAAGUUCAGGAAAAUUCCUAUGACAGCUUUAAUACAUACGAGCCCUGGUCUAUAAAAGUGUCUGAGAUUUCACACAAAAUAACUUACCUUUAGUUUUAGUUUUCCCAGAAAACAGAAUAUGUGCUGUAAAAUCAGAUCAACAUUUUGAAUACUUGAAAAACGCUCACGUAGUGGCUCUCCUUCCACUUUGGUUGCAUUAAAAACAGAUGGCCAGUUUAUUUUGUUGUGGCACCGAUCUGAUUUUUGCUUAUCUAAGAUUUAGAAAUUCUUGCUAUAUUCAUUCAUUGUUUAGGUAAAACACAGGCCUGUCAGUCUGAAAUCUGCCUUGUUUUUGUUGAUGUGACAAACCCUUCUUUAAUUAACCUGCACUGGUUUUGUUUUGUGUUUAUGAUAAACAAAUACACUGAUAUUUUAACAGUGCCAACCAUUAUAUUUGAUACCUUUCUGUUCAGUUUAUCGUUUUUCUUUGUGACUAAUGCAAACGUGUGUUAUUGCCUGUGUUCCUUUUUAAUUCUUUUAUUGACUGACUAUGUAACUUGAUCAUCUUGACUUCCUGUAGUGUGUUCAUGGCCUGUGUAAUGUGCAUUCUCACUUUUGUAUUAAACAUUAAA